GUUUCAUCAUUCAAAAAGGUUAUAAAUAUAUCGUCUGCUCCUGAGUGUGCUAUGAUCUGGUCUGUUACGAAUUGUUCGUUGUAUUGAGAGUGUAUCUCACAGAAUUUGAACACUUGUGUUUGCUACAAUUGUUUCCUCUUUCACCUUUUGGAACUUUUCUGUCUGUUAAACUUUUUCAAAACAAAAUGUGGAGAUUACUACCUUUUGCCUACAAAAAUUUAUGCUCCAGAGUGCAUCCUGCCCAACACAGCUUGAGAAAUUAUUGGCAGCGUAGAAAUGUGUUUUCUGAAUUAUCGUCUGCGAUGCAAAUAAUGGAAAAUAGAAUGAAAGAAAUGGAUCGGGAAAUGAACAAAUUGUUUGAUGGAUUACAGCGGGGAAGUCCGCUAAAACGCUCUCCAUUCGAAUGGAUCAAAGGUAAAGAAAUUCCUGUUCUAUCCAAGGAUGGAAAAAACAAAAAUUAUCAAGUCGAACUUGAUAUGGAAGGAAUGGACCCCGAAGAUAUAAAGAUCACUUUAAAAAAUAAUGAAUUGACAGUGACAGCUCGAAAGGAAGAGAAAGGUUCUGAUGGUUCUCAUUUCAUCCGCGAGAAUAAAUAUCAUUACACUUUACCUGAUAAUAUAAACCCUGAUGCAAUCAGAUCAACAUUAGCUGAUGGUAUUCUUACUAUUGAAGCUCCUUUACCUGCUUUGGAAUCAAAGGAAAUACCUGUAAACAUUGAGAAUUCCAGUUCAGGCUCAGAUAGUGACAAAGACUCUAAAAAGCCUCAGUGAUUCCAAGUCUCAUGUGUCUUCAUUAGCUAUGUAACUUUUUGUGAACUACUGUAGAGAACUCAUCUAGUAAUGUACUAUAUGCUGGGCAAAAUCAUCAGUUUUUGGUCAUUUUUAAACUGGUUCUUCUCUGAGUGUUAUCAGAAAUUAUAAAUGAUAAAAAGCAUUUAAAGUAAGAUAAUGUUAAAAUUUUUCUAUAUGUUUGUAAACUAAUUUUUAAAAUAGUUCCUAUUGUUUUAAAAUUGAUUUGUUUAUUGUAAAGAAUUUCUAAAAGAAGCAAUAAUUUCAAAGGAUUUUUGCAACAAUUAAUUUUACACUUAUUUCUAUUAUCAUAUAAAGAUGUUUUCAUACGUUUCCACUUUUGUUUGAAACAAAUUGUUAUAAAAAAAUGUUUGGAGCACUUUAAAAACAUUUAUAUUCAUUUCAUUUUUAAAUAUUCAUUUCAAAAUGUUUUAGUUGUGAUUCCUGGUAGUAUUGUACUAAAGUAAAAAUUGUUUUUGGAACAAAUAAAUAAAUUUUGUAUGAAA